CUGUAUUUGAUCACAAAUUCUAUUUUCUUUAACCCAGCCGUCACGACAGAUUAUUCGGUCGAUACGAUUGAAACAGGUGUAAAUUGGCACAUCUAAAAUCAAGCCGAUGAAUUUGUAUGUCACUAGAGUUCGAUCAGCCCGCGAUUGCAAUGAACUUGACUGAAACGAGGACAUAUCUUCGCGAUACCUAUGAUGCAAGGUUAACAUGGAGUUUUCUUGGCCCGCGAGGACUAAAGGUGCCGACCCUUACCUUAAUCGUUGUGGCGAUCGAGGAAAUAUGGCAGCAAACGAUCGCGCCUUGUAUGUAUAGUUGUCACAUCAUUGCCCGCUUGCUAUUCUUGGUAAUUGGCGCGAGUUUCAUCCUCCAAAAAGUGCGCUUUUCCGAACCCGUAGUCGUAAAGUAAAUUCGCUUUAUGGCUUGACAAGUAAGAAGAUGUCUUACCACCUACUGUGAGUUCCAAAAGCAAACUUCAAUCUGAAUUAUACCAAGUCCUAACAGUCUCCAUGCAUCUAUAAGCAUCUGGGUCUUAAGUGAGCCUUCAAGUGAACUUUAUGAUUUUCAAGCACCCGCAAUGUCUUUAACAACUCUAGUUUAUCCGGGUGUCGAUCCCUCUCACCCUUGAUGACUUACUCAUCCUCAUUGCGGCAGUAUACCCUUCAAUCCCCCCGCUCCCCAUAAAUACUUUUCAUGAGGAAUGCAGACUAAAUAGAUGUAGGCCCUCUCUAUGGCCUACACAGCAAUAAUAAUAGUCAGAGUCCAGACCAACUUCUGUGGUCAACAUAUUGGCAAAUUAGAUCCAGGACAUCUAGAAGCUUAUUUGGAGGGUUUAUACGUAUUAGCGAUUAUUUAUCCAGUGGCUCUUAGCAUGAGCAAAUUAUCGUUACUAGCGCCUUACUGGAGAGCUUUCGCUGUCACCAGAAGUAGAAACCCCAUUCUCGUCGCCAGCGCGUUGAACGGGGCGUGGUGUGUUGCUGCUGUGAGCUGUUCCUUUUCGUUCCGUUAUAGCAUCUAACGUCUCCAUGUUUGUCGAAAGAUCCCCUCAUGUCAUAUCACGUCGUGCCAUAUCAAGUACAUUAUCAGAUGAGACUUCGCCAUCCUGGGAAGGUAAAAAAUAAUACUUUAUACCCUCUUAGCUCAUUGUGGGAAUUUUUCCAUGCCACCCGAUUCCAGCUUUCUGGGAUCUUACCGUUACCGCACAAUACAUCAAUUACUCAAUCUUCUUUAACCCCAACGAAGCAUUCAUGAUUGUGUUUGACAUUGUGCUUCUGUUAAUUCCGACCUGGUUCAUUGCGCACAUUAGGAGGAGUAAUGGGAGAAAAUCAGUAGUAUUCUUCUUAUAAGGGCUUGUGUAAAUGUUUCUUGCAUGGUGCGUUGUUUCCUAGCAUGCUAAUACUGAGGAAAUAAAAUUACGGUAGUUGCUACAGUUCGAUUCUGGCGAUUCAUUAUUGUGCAAAAAAUGCCCCCACUCGAUCCAAAUUAUAAGUUAUUCUUUCUUCUCCUUCCUUCCUACUGCCUUUGGAAAUUUAUACCUUGCCGUCCGCAGUAACUAACAGCCCACAGAUAACGGAACAGACGCAGGCCUCUGGACAAUAAUAGAACUCAACCUCUAGGUCCUCGUCACCUCAAUCUUAACUUUCUGCCCGUUACUCAUCAAAAUCUGGAGCCAUCACGCUGGCAAAAAAGCUGGGAGGGCACGUCAUCAGAUUUCGCUUUGAGUAAAACGGCCAAUAUGGUGACUUACUUCCAAAAGAAACCGAGUGAUUUGGAUAUAGAUAGCGAACCUGUGCUUGGAUUCGGGAUGCUCAAGGAUAUCAAGGGAGUGAAGAAGAUGUUGAGAGACUUGGAAGGAGUGGGAGUGCGGAACUUCGGAGGAGUGGUAGUAGUGGAUUUGAAGAUGGCCUGGGUAUUCCAGUCGUGGGUAUCGAUCCAGACUCGGAAAUGGAAGUAGAGGGAUGCAGAAACGCAUAUGGAUAUGCCCGUGAAAGGGGUAGUGGUGAUAUCGGAGAGAAAGAGAGGUGGAAUAAUGAAGUGAAGGACUUGGCAGGAAUUAGGGUGCAGAAGAAAAAGGAUGUUAGAAGGAAUGCCGGGAUUUGGAUUUAGGUCGGGCACUAAAUGGCUAAUGAUAAAGGGCAUCGGAAGGACAUUCAAUUCGCGUCCGACACUAGGGAUCUGGAUA